CAUGUCAGCGCAUGCGUUUCCCAUUGAGUUUCAUCAAUGAAGUUAGACAAGACGAGCAAGGAUGGGUAGAAAAAGUCAGCAAAGAAUUAUUAAGAGAUCUGAAACUUUUCAAGAGCCAGUUCUAACUAUGUUAGGAAAUAAAGAUUCGGAUUUAAAGAACAGCCCAGAAAGAGUAACUUUACGAAAAGAGAUAGGCUUGAUCAGUGCUUGUGCAAUUAUAAUAGGUAAUAUUAUUGGCUCUGGAAUUUUUAUUUCUCCAAAAGGAGUCCUUGAACACACAGGUUCCAUAGGACUAGCUCUAAUAAUCUGGGUAUUAGGUGGUGGGAUCACAGUAUUGGGAUCCUUAUGUUAUGCAGAACUUGGAGUUACCAUACCCAAAUCAGGAGGUGACUAUUCAUAUGCCGUUGAGGUUUUUGGUGGCCUACCAGGGUUUUUGCUGCUAUGGAGUGGAGUUCUUAUUAUGUACCCCACCACUUUGGCUGUGAUUUCCAUGACAUUUUCCAACUAUGUUUUACAGCCAGCAUUUCCAGAAUGUUCACCUCCAUAUUACGCAUCAAGGAUUCUCUCCACGGUCUGUGUUUUAUUUCUGACCUGGGUGAACUGCUUCAGUGUUCGAUGGGCUACACGAAUUCAAGAUAUAUUUACUGCAGGAAAGCUUCUUGCCUUGGGAGUUAUCAUUGGAGUCGGAAUGGCACAGAUCUAUAAAGGUAACUAUGAAGAACUUAAACCACAAAAUGCCUUUGACUUUUGGAUGACACCUUCAUUUGGGCAAAUAGCAUUAGCGUUUCUUCAGGCAUCAUUUGCAUUCAGUGGAUGGAAUUUCUUGAAUUAUGUAACAGAAGAAUUAGUUGAGCCCCGAAAGAAUCUACCUCGUGCAAUAUUCAUAUCGAUUCCACUGGUUACAUUUGUGUACACAUUCACCAAUAUUGCAUAUUUCACUGCAAUGUCACCUCAAGAAUUGUUGUCAUCAAAUGCUGUUGCUGUUACAUUUGGUGAAAAGCUACUGGGAGUAAUGUCAUGGAUUAUGCCAAUAUCUGUAGCUCUGUCUACCUUUGGUGGAAUCAAUGGAUAUCUUUUCACCUCAUCAAGGCUGUGUUUCUCUGGAGCCAGAGAAGGUCACUUGCCUAGUUUACUUGCAAUGAUUCACCUUAAGCACUGCACUCCAAUUCCAGCUCUUCUAGUUUUUUGUUCCACAACCAUUAUUAUUAUGCUUGUUGGUGAAACCUACACACUGAUUAACUAUGUGUCAUUUAUCAACUACCUCUGUUAUGGAGUAACAGUUUUGGGACUCCUCGUACUUCGCUGGAAGAAGCCCAAAGCAUACCGACCUAUAAAGGUAAAUCUUCUGAUUCCGGUCGCAUAUUUGAUAUUUUGGGUGUUUCUUCUGAUCUUCAGUUUGCUGUCAGAGCCGGUUGUCUGUGGGAUUGGGCUAAUUAUCAUAUUAACUGGAGUGCCCGUUUAUUUCCUGGGUGUACACUGGAAAAAUAAACCAAAGUGCCUUCUCAAACUAAUUGAUUCCAUGACGAUUAAUGGACAGAAAUUAUGUUUUGUUGUCUUUCCACAAUGUGAUGUUUCAGAAGAAGAGGCAACUCCACUGAAUCAUUCCUAGUUUAUGAAGUAUGCAAAGACACGGCACAGUUGGAAUGGAGUUUUACUUGAAUGAAGUUGAGGCGUUAAAACAGACUACCUAAAAUGUAGUCACAUAUCUUAGAGUUUUCUGAUUGUAUGUAAAAAGAUGGGUUCUCUUUUGAUAAGCUUCUGCUGUUUGCACAUUGUCGAACUACACAGGCAAAAUGGAGUAAUACCAUCCCAUUUUUAUUAAAUGUACCAUAUCUUGAAAGAUGAACUGGAAUCAUUUUCAGAAAAAAUGAACAACAUUGACAAUAGUCAUACCUGGAGGAAAUUUUUAAUUUUUAUUCUGUAGACUAUUACACACGGUCAAAUGAAUAUUCACAUUCCUCCUUUAGGCAGAUUCCAUAGCCAUAGCAUUUAUUAAUCAUGUACUGCAAAUUCUAUGGGAAUUAGCCACUACUAAUAUCUUUGGCAGGGGGCUUUUCUCACUAUGAGUUAGAAUGUUUUUAGAAUGAUUCCACCACUGACUUGUGCAUAUUUACAAAGUAGCUACAAAAGAACCACAUUUUUUUAAAGAAAUAGACCAAAUCAGCAGAAUUCAAAAGGUCAUAUUUUAACUGAACAAAUGAAUGUAUGUUAAGUGAACAGUCCAUGAUGUGGAAUGUCUAUGAAAAAUGAGUCCAUGUACUGACAAAUACUGUUCCUGUAAAUGGUUUGCUGCAUGUUUUAAAUUAGUUUUGCUCAUAUGACACACUGAAAACACUGUACAUGCUCUUUGCUAGGCUCACUGUUUUGCAAUCAUUUUUGGAAAAGUAGGAGGUGAGACCUAAAUGCUUAUUCUAUGACACAUCCUACCUGUGGCAUCUGAAGAGAAGGUCAGAGGUUACAGCUCUGGUACUAAAUGAAAUAACACAGAAAUACCACUGCAAACAUUAAUGCAAUGAUUACUACAAAUACAUCAUACCACUACAUAACCUAGUAAUAAAAAGUAGAAGUGAAACUUUGUAAUACCCAAGGUACAUCUUUAUCCAAUUGGCACAGAUAUAUGCAGGAAGUGGAAGGGAGAAUGUGAUACAUAUCAAUGAUCUUGGAAUAUUCAGUACUGAAGCUUGCUGUCAAUAGGAAUGAAGCCCAGAAAUAAGUAUCAAAAAAGUAAACACAAAUGAUAAAAAGUCAUGGCUACAUAUCCUGGAAAGGGAUCUGAGAGUGACCACAUUAAGUGCAAUGAUAUGAUACAGCAUGAAUGAAGGUCUGGAAUGAUAUCAUAAUGUCCAACAGUAAAAUCAUCAGUUGAAUAUGGGAAUCCUAAGAAUUACAACUUAAUUAGAGCACUUUUGCAUUUUGAGGGACCCAGAACACAAUUUCAGUGAGGAUAUAGUCAAGGUAGAGGAAGUUUAUAAGAAGGCAAUAAAAUAGUAUAAAAAGUUUCAACUUCACUCAUUAGAGCCCUAAUUAAAAAACUCAAAACAACAACCCUUUCAGCUGACCUCUUCCCUGCAGACUACCUCCAAAAUGCUGCUGAGGUUAUAGCAUUCCCUGUCUCUAUUUUGAUAAACAGAAUCAUAAAUGAAGCCUGUUUCCCCUCUGUCUGGAAAAUAUCACAUGUCAUACCACUCCACAAAGGAGGCAGCUCCAUUAAGCUGUAAAACUAUAGACCAAUAGCUAUCCUUUCCCCUCUGGCUAAAAUUAUGA